AUGGAUGAGUGGCUCAAUGCCCCGCCACGGUACCUGGCUGGCAGGAGGUGUGAGGUGGCAGAGGUGCCCAUGGCUGUCUGUGGCAGACCUGGGCUCUACGUGCCCCCUCAUCACUGGGCCUCUGCAGCCGCUUCCUCUAGGGGACUGGCACACACUAAACCAGCAGAGUUCAUUGCAAUAAUCACCCCCUCAGUUGUGCCGUUUAGCACAACUUGGUAUUUCACUACCGAGUGCCAGGUGGCUGAGAAAGUCCUACUGGUCGGCGGCGGCGGCUGGCGCUGCCCUGCCCAGGGCACCGGGCUAAGCUCCAGGGUAGGGCCGAGGAGGAGGAAGAGGAGGAGGGUGGGGCGGGCAGCCGGUGCCGGGGACGCCCUCUGUGCGAGGCGACGGGAGACGGCGGGGGCUCUGCCAGCACACCGGGCAGGACCGCGGCUCCCUCGCUUCGCUCUUCCUUUCUUACCGUCCCAGGACUCUCCGGAGCCAGCCGGACCCGGAGUGCCGGGGAGGCGGUUUUCCUUCCCGGCGGGGUUCUGUCUGCCGGCAGGGCGAGAGAGGGGCCGGACUUGGCUGCGGAGCUAUCCCGGGCAGAGGAGCGCUGAGGAGGAGCCCGGGCUGAGGGACCAGGACAGCGGCUCCGCUCCUCUGCUGGGCAUUGGCUCCUGCGGCAGGAGAGUCGAGCUCCGCCCUGCUCUGGAUCACCGCCGCGGCUCUCCGCUACGCGGACCUGCGGGGCUCCGAACGCGGGCAGCCUGGAGAGGCUGCUCCUGGCCGCUCCAGUGGGUGCGCGUCGGGCGGCUUCCCAGCCCUUCACGGUGCGGCAUCCCUAGGAGGAAGAAGUGCAGUCAAGUGAAGUUACCACACUCCUGUGGCAUGAAGAAGCAGCACGAUGCUCAGAAACAUCGCUCUCCGCUGUAGCACUGAGCGACCUUAAAAGAUCUUUUUGAAAGCAGGAAGGGGAACUGUUAACCAGUACACUCAGCAGACAGGCUGUGGGGGCGAUGGCACGCAGUAGGCAAGACUUCUCCUUAGCUCUUUCUGCCCUUCUACUGAGGUUUGCCUAGAUAUGUUGCAUGCUCAUCCUUCAUGCAAAAAUAAAUCCCACUUACUGAAUAAAGUGGGGAGAUUCUUGUCCUUCCCACAAUUUUCCAGUCAAUUCGUGUUGUGGUUGGUUGGUUGGUUUGAACAAACAACUAAAUAUUCCUGAAAUAUUUUCUAAUCUAAAUGUAAUUUAGUGCCCUAAGAAUCAGUAAGUGAAGCGGAUGGGGAAGUGAAUCAGUCCAUCUUUCUUCUUUAAGAACUGGAAUAACUGGAAAAAAUGAACAGAGAAAAAUAGACAGGACUAAUAAUACGGCAUGAUUAUUAGCGUAAGGAUGUUAAAAUACGCAUCAUGUGAUGAUCCUCUGUUUGCAUGGAUGUGCUGUGCCUCGCCCUAUUUUCAUUAAAGGCAGGAGGAAUGUGGCUGCUGAUUUCGGUGGGUGGGGACGGGACUUGCUGCGUGCAAAAUGAAGUUGUUUCGUUACUAGUUACAUUCUGGCUUUGCUUUCCUUUGAUUGCUACUUUUAAGCCUUAGAAAACCACUUAUUUGUUAUACGGACUGGUUUCAAUGCGAUUACUCCUAACAGCUCGGCACCGAGGCUCUUCGCACGAGGAUGCAUCUCGCAAA